AUGUCCCUAAUCCUCUUACUUUCAUUCUUCUUCUUCACGCAGUAUGGUACUGCUUCACCAGCAGUUCAAACCCUUAACAUUAAACCGCAGUACUUCAAUCCCAAGCUCCCACCCAGAACUCUCUCCUCCUCCAAGAAAUUUGAGGGCUCAUCGGACCUCGUAGACCUUCGCUACCACAUGGGUCCAGUCCUCUCCUCACCGAUCAACAUCUACCUCAUAUGGUACGGCAAGUGGACCCUAUCACAGCAACUCCUCAUCAAGGACUUCCUACUAUCCAUCUCCACCGCCAACCACCGCGCCGCCCCUUCACCCUCCGUCGCCGAGUGGUGGCGCACCGUGUCUCUUUACACGGACCAGACUGGCGCUAACAUCUCUCGCUCCAUCCUCAUUGCCGGCGAAUACUCGGAUCGCCGUUAUUCCCACGGUACCCACCUCACCCGCCUCACAAUUCAAGAUGUCAUCGCCACCGCCGUCCAAUCCAAACCCUUUCCCGUUGAUCACGGAAACGGGAUCUACCUCAUAUUAACCUCGGUGGACGUUACAGUACAGGACUUCUGCCGAGCGGUCUGUGGGUUCCACUACUUUACCUUCCCAUCCAAGGUCGGGUACACCCUCCCCUACGCAUGGGUUGGAAAUUCGGGUAAACAGUGCCCCGAGGUGUGUGCUUACCCGUUUGCAGUGCCGGGUUACAUGGGUGGUGGUGGACCCGGAGCGCUGACGCCGCCGAAUGCUGACGUGGGUGUUGAUGGGAUGAUCAGCGUGAUCGGUCAUGAGCUUGCUGAGGUGGCGUCGAACCCGUUAGUGAAUGCGUGGUAUGCGGGUGAGGACCCUUCGGCACCGACGGAGAUAGGGGAUUUGUGUGAGGGUUUGUACGGUAGUGGGGGUGGGGGUGGUUACAUUGGGCUGGUGAUGAGUGACGGAGUAGGAAGGACUUACAAUCUGAAUGGUAGAAGGGGUAGGAAGUUUUUAGUACAGUGGAUAUGGAGUCCUGUGUUGAAGGCUUGUGCUGGACCAAAUGCUUCGGACUAA